CACUAUUUUUUCCCCUUCCAAAGAUGCAUAUAAAUACAAGAUUUUCCAACCCCAUUUCUCCACUCUCUAUGAGCAUUAAAAGAAAAAAAAAUGCAACACAUUUCACUUGCAAUUUCAUCUGCUAUAAUAUUAAUUAUUCUUUUGAGAUGGGGUUGGAAACUCUUGAAUUGGCUCUGGUUGCAGCCAAGUAAUUUGGAGAAAAGCCUCAGAGAAUUGGGUUUCAGGGGAAAUUCUUACAGGCUGUUGUUUGGAGACAUGAAAGAAAUUUUGAAGAUGGAUGAAGAAUCUAAGUCCAAGCCUAUUAAAUUCUCACAUGAUAUUGUGCCUAGAAUCAUGCCUUUCAUCCACAAAACCAUCAUUGAUUAUGGCAAAAAUUGUUUUAUAUGGUUGGGGCCAAAUCCAGCAAUGCUCAUCACGGACCCGGACCUUAUUAGGGAGAUCUUGUCAAAGAGUAAUAUUUUCCAGAAGCCUCUGCCUACUGCACUCACAAAGUUGCUAGCGGAAGGAAUCUUGAGCUAUGAAGCUGAUAAAUGGGCUAAACAUAGAAGAAUCAUCAAUCCUGCUUUUCACCUUGACAAGUUGAUGCAUAUGGUACCUUCCUUCCAUUCGACUACUUGUGAGAUGUUGAGCAAAUGGGAGAAAAUUGUCUCGACAGAAGGAUCCGAGGUAGAUGUCUGGCCUUAUCUUCAAACUUUGACAAGUGAUGCCAUCUCAAGAACUGCCUUUGGCAGUAGCUAUGAAGAAGGCAGAAAGAUAUUUGAACUACAACAAGAACUAGCCAAAAUAAUUUUAAAAGGGACAGAGUCAAGUUAUAUUAGUUUUCUGCCGACGAAAGAGAAGAGAAGGAUGAACCAUAUACAUCAUGAAGUAAAAUUGCUCAUAUUGAGAAUUAUCAAUAAAAGAAUGAAUGAAAUUGAAACAGGGGAAGCAUCAAAUAGUGAUGACUUAUUGGGCAUAUUAUUGGAAUCCAACUUGAAAGAAAUCCAGGAAAAUGGAAAUAAGAAAUUUGGAAUGAGCAUCGAUGAGGUAAUUGAAGAGUGUAAGUUGUUUUAUUUUGCUGGACAAGAGACUACUUCAGCUUUGCUAACAUGGUCGAUGAUUGUAUUGAGCAAACACUCCAAUUGGCAAGCUCGUGCUAGAGAAGAGGUUUGGCAAAUCUUUGGUAACAACAUGCCUGAUUAUGACAAGUUGAAUCAACUCAAAGUUGUAACCACGAUUAUUCAAGAAGUCUUGAGAUUGUAUCCACCACUCUUUUUGAUGGGUAGAGAGGUAAAUAAAGAAACCAAAUUAGGAAACUUAACACUACCAAGUGGUCUGCAACUCCUAUUGCCAACAAUAUUGUUGCAUCAUGACCAAGAAAUAUGGGGUGAAGAUGUUAAGGAGUUCAAUCCUGAGAGGUUUAGUGAAGGAGUCAAAAAAGCAACAAAAGGGAAAUUUGCAUAUUUUCCAUUUAGUUGGGGACCAAGAAAUUGCAUUGGACAAAACUUUGCUAUGUUAGAGGCUAAAAUGGCACUUGCUAUGAUCCUACAACACUAUGCUUUUGAGGUUUCUCCAUCUUAUGCUCAUGUUCCUUAUUCAGUGCUAACUCUUCAACCUCAAUAUGGCGCUCAGCUAAUUCUACAAAAGCUUUAGAAUAGAUGAAGUAGAGAUUCUUGUACUACGUUUAGAUUACUACUGUUAAUAGAGACCACUUGUUUGUUUAAUUUUCACAUUGUAUUGGGUUGUUAUUUUUAUUUGUAAAGUAGAUGGUUCCUGCUAUUAUUCAUGAAGAGUGUAUUAGUUGAUUAUUAA